CACCGUGUUUCUGACGUGCGGCGACAGAAUUGUCACGUGACGAAGUCUGUGCGCAUGCGUCAGUUACGGCCUCGUGUACACGUCGCUACGCCGCGGACAUGGCAGGAGUUGGAGGUGUGCGGAGAAAGUCUCCCGUUUCCCCGUCCCCGCUGUGGGGGAAACUCCAUACGCUUUGGCAGGACAAGCAUUUGCUCUUGUUCAAGACGGAAUAUACCUUGCUGGUGGUUUCAGUUUUGUGGUUCCUGGAGAUCGGCAUCAAUGUGUGGGUCAUACAGAAAGUAGCCUACACUGAGAUCGACUGGAAAGCAUACAUGGAUGAAGUGGAAGGAGUUAUCAAUGGCACCUAUGACUACACCCAGCUGAAAGGGGACACAGGCCCUUUGGUGUACCCAGCUGGGUUCGUCUACAUCUUCACAGCUCUCUACUACAUUACCGGCCAUGGGGUGAACAUCCGUCUGGGCCAGUACAUUUUUGCUUUUUUCUACCUCGUCACACUGCUGCUUGUCUUCAGAAUAUACUAUCGCACCAAAAAGGUUCCUCCCUAUGUGUUCUUCUUUGUGUGCUGUGCAUCCUAUCGGAUCCACUCCAUCUUUGUGCUCCGUCUCUUUAAUGACCCAGUGGCCAUGAUGCUGCUGUUUGCAGCUGUCAAUCUCUUCAUAGAUGGAUACUGGACUCUGGGCUGUGGCCUCUACAGUUUAGCAGUAUCUGUGAAAAUGAACGUGCUUCUCUUUGCCCCUGGAUUACUUUUCCUCCUCCUGUCAGAGUUUGGUCUAAUGAAGACGAUCCCUAAGUUAUCGCUGUGUGCAGGCAUACAGGUUGUGUUGGGGCUCCCUUUCCUCCUAGAGAAUCCCAUUGGUUACAUGAGCCGUGCCUUUGAUCUUGGCCGCCAGUUCAUGUUCAAGUGGACGGUCAACUGGCGCUUCCUGCCAGAAUGGCUCUUUUUGAAUCGCUACUUCCACUUACUCCUGCUGGCCGCUCAUCUGCUCACCCUGCUGCUCUUUGCCUUCCGCCGCUGGAAGAGACCAGGAGAAAGCAUCUUUGAAGUUCUAAAGGAACCAGGCAAGAGGAAAAUCCCAGCUCAGAAAAGCACUGUGGAUCAGAUUGUGCUGAUUCUGUUCACCUCUAACUUCAUCGGCAUGUGCUUCAGUCGCUCAUUGCACUACCAGUUUUACGUCUGGUACUUCCACUCACUGCCUUACCUGCUGUGGAGUGGAGGUGUCAAGAAGCUGGCCCAUCUGCUCAGGGUCCUGAUCCUGGGUCUGAUCGAGCUUUCGUGGAACACCUAUCCCUCUACUAACAGCAGCUCAGCUGCCCUUCACGUCUGUCACCUCAUCAUCCUCUUAUGUCUCUGGCUAGCUCCACCUUUGCUUUCAGCUGCAGCAGAAACACAAGAGCAGAAAGCUGUUAAGGACAAACGCCACUGAGCCCCGGCCUGAUCGGACCAGAAGUAUUAUUCGGCCGAAUCAGCUGACGACAAGCCCGCUCCAUCCUCCUGUCUUUGAUCCUGACAGCACCGGUGCAAAGGGCGGUCGCUGUGGUAGACUGUUUAUAAGUGAAUUAAAGGAGCCAUUUAAAGCUUCUCACUGCUUAAAGUGAAGAAAGCAUCAUGUGUGUGCAGACUGAUGCCCACAUGAUGGAAUAAUAUGCAGUUGCAGAGAUAAGAAGAGAAAAUAAGAAUUCUCAGGUUUAGUUUUAGAUAGAAAAUAAGAAGAGUGGAGGCUAUGAGAAUGUCAUGAAUGUUAUGCUGUGUGGAAAGAAUUGAUUACAUGGGCUAUAUUCCUACUUACUGUGGUACAACUACACUCAGUUCAUAAUUCCUCUGGUCUAGUCAUGUAGGCUGAUAUCAUCUCAAGUUUUUAUUUACUGGUGCUCAGAUGAUCGUAUAUUGAAAGUGUCAAUAAUGUGCAUAAGAACUUGAACACCAAGCUUUAAAAUAACUGCAUAGCAAGCAUAAGCUUGUGGCAUUUCCUCUGCCACAGUUAUGAAACAUAAGUAUUCUCUAUCGAAGGGGAUUUUUUUUUGUAUUGUUACACAUAUGUGUAAAAGUCAGCUGUGGACAAUCAGUCUGUUUGUCUGAUUUCUGUAACUUGUCAUCCUCUGGUGUGAGUGGCCGCACUCAUAGAUGUGAGAAACAUGCAGUAGACUGAAACUGCAAAUGGAUUUUACUAAACGCGUGUGGUCUUCAUUGUUACACAAUACAACAAAUGGUUGAAUUUUA